CCCGGCUCAGCCGCCGUGACAAGGUCUUUGCGCAUGUGCGGGGUGAAAUAAGAAGAAGGUGAAGAUGGCGGCGGCCAGGGCGGGGGUCCUGGGAGUCCGAUGGCUGCAAAGGGCAUCCCGAAACGUGGUGCCCAUGGGUGCACGGACAGCCUCCCACAUUACCAAGGACAUGCUCCCGGGACCCUAUCCCAGGACCCCAGAAGAACGGGCUGCCGCCGCCAAGAAGUAUAAUAUGCGGGUGGAAGACUACGAGCCGUACCCAGAUGAUGGCAUGGGGUAUGGUGACUACCCGAAGCUCCCUGACCGCUCACAGCAGGAGAGGGAUCCAUGGUAUGACUGGGACCACCCAGACCUGCGGUUGAACUGGGGUGAACCGAUGCACUGGGACCUAGACAUGUAUAUCAGGAACCGUGUGGACACGUCCCCCACUCCUGUUUCUUGGAAUCUCAUGUGUAAGCACCUCUUCGGUUUCGUGGCCUUCAUGCUGUUCAUGUUUUGGGUGGGAGAGACUUACCCCACCUACCAGCCUGUGGGACCAAAGCAGUAUCCUUACAAUAAUCUGUACCUGGAACGAGGUGGCGAUCCCAACAAAGAACCUGAGCCGGUGGUUCACUAUGAGAUCUGAGGAGGCUUCGUGGGCUUUGUGCCCCCUAACUGACUCCCUCAACCCUAGAGAUUUUACCUUAAUGAAAUCGCUAAUAAAACUUAGUACUGUG